AAUUUUCUGCAGCUUAUCCAUCGUGUGAGUAAAAAUUAAAUCCCAUCCGUAAUUCCACUGAUCUGGGCAAGGGAAGCCUCCAUUCAUGUCACAGUACGCUGAAAAAGAGCCGGCAGCAAUGGAUCAAGAAUCCAGCAAGGCUGCCUGGCCCAAACCAGCAGGAGGAUAUCAGACAAUUACAGGCAGGAGAUAUGGAAGAAGACAUGCAUAUGUCAGUUUUAAACCUUGUAUGACCAGGCAUGAAAGAAGCUUAGGUCGGGCUGGUGAUGACUAUGAAGUGUUGGAGCUAGAUGAUGUUUCAAAGGAAAAUUCAUCAGGUUCCAGUCAAUUGGAUCAAGUACAUUCUUUAGCAAAUGAACCUCUGUCUGAAAAAAGUGAAACAGAAGUUGCCACCUGUGGUACAGUUCUGAAGCCCAGCACUGAGAGCAGCCCAUGCUCUGUGGCAGUGUGCCGGAGUGAGGAAAGCAGGGGGACUUCAGGAAGCAGUCCAGAGCUUCAUAAUCCCUCCGAGGGAGAGUGUACUCCAGGAGCUGGUAGUGUCCUGAGUGUCCAAAAUGGGAUUGCAUUGAUUCAUACUGACUCUCAUGCUCCAGAUGGCAAGUGUAGAGAGGAUAAUGACUGUCUUCAACUUUCUGCAGAAGCUGUGGAAGAUGGUAGAUAUCAGGAAUCAUUAGGCAAUAUGGUCUUUGAGUUGGAAAAUGGAGAGGCAGAGGCAUACGCUGGUCAUCCAGCACCAGUUUCCUCUCUUAACUGUGAAGUAAGAGAGGAGCUUAAAGAAUUAGAAUCUGCGCCUUUAGUGAAAAAUUCUGCCUGUGACACUGAGUUUCUUCAUCAGAAUGGCCAGGAAUUUCAGAGAUCCUCAUCUGAAGAUGACGUCGUUAGAAAGAAACAAAAUACUAGUAGCCAGGAACGACAGACAGAUCAUUCCACUGGCGGUGCAGCCUGUGUCCUGGGGCAUGUAUGCAGUGAGCAGAACAUCAGUGGUAGGGACAAUCACUGUGGAAAUUCUCCUGAACAGGUAGUGAGGCCAAAAGUUAGAAAACUAAUAAGUUCAAGCCAGGUGGACCAAGAAUCGGGUUUUACUAGGCAUGAGGCCAAACAAAGAAGUGUUCAGAGAUGGAGGGAGGCUCUGGAAGUUGAGGAAAGUAGCUCAGAUGACCUCUUGAUAAAGUGCGAAGAGUACGAUGGAGAACAUGACUGUAUGUUCUUGGACCCACCUUUCUCAAGACUCACACAGAUAGAAACAGAAAACCACCAGAUAGCACCGGAGAGCGGAGCCACAGCUGGAAGGCGAGAAGUCGUAGAAAACACCUUUUGGAAUGGCUGUGGAGAUUAUUACCAGCUUUAUGACAAAGAUGAAGAUAGUUCAGAAUGCAGUGAUGGGGAAUGGUCUGCUUCUUUGCCGCACCGAUUUUCUGGUACAGAAAAAGAUCAGUCUUCGAGUGAUGAAAGCUGGGAAACUCUCCCCGGAAAAGAUGAGAAUGAACCUGAGCUGCAGAGUGAUAGCAGUGGCCCUGAAGAAGAAAACCAAGAAUUAUCUCUUCAGGAAGGGGAGCAGACGUCCUUAGAAGAGGGAGAGAUUCCGUGGCUGCAGUACAAUGAAGUCAAUGAGAGCAGCAGCGAUGAAGGAAACGAGCCUGCCAAUGAAUUCGCGCAGCCGGAAGCUUUCAUGUUGGACGGAAACAAUAACCUUGAAGAUGACUCCAGUGUGAGUGAAGACUUAGAUGUGGACUGGAGCCUGUUUGAUGGCUUUGCAGAUGGACUAGGAGUCGCCGAAGCCAUAUCUUACGUGGACCCUCAGUUCCUCACCUACAUGGCACUCGAAGAACGCUUAGCCCAGGCUAUGGAGACUGCCCUGGCACAUUUAGAGUCCCUCGCAGUGGAUGUUGAAGUGGCCAAUCCACCAGCCAGUAAGGAAAGCAUCGAUGGUCUUCCAGAGACCCUCGUUCUUGAAGAUCAUACUGCUAUCGGCCAGGAGCAGUGCUGCCCCAUCUGCUGCAGUGAGUACAUUAAGGACGACAUAGCCACGGAGCUGCCCUGCCACCAUUUCUUCCACAAACCUUGUGUCUCAAUCUGGCUACAGAAGUCGGGAACGUGCCCCGUGUGCCGCCGUCGCUUCCCACCUGCAGUCGUCGUCGAAGCAUCCGCAGCUGCUCCCUCCGAGACCGAUCCUGACGCCCCACCUUCCAGUGACAGCACCACGGGAGCCCCUUAAUCCUUAACAAUUCAAAUGGAUCAUUCUAUCAAAGUAAAUCUGCAAAUUCCUUCUAAAUCUGAUGUGCAAAUAAUUAUAUAUAAAUAUAUUAAAAAUGCUAUAUAUAGUAUAUGCCACAGUUUAGAAAGAGAACAUUAACCUUUCUAAACCAAAUUUAGGUUUGCAGAAAGUACUAACAUGUGCAAGCUGACUGUCGAAGCAGUGCAUCCGUCGUCCUCAGUUAAGUAUGUUGGUGUUGAUUGUGAAGCCAGGCUUGUCAGCUGACUCUCCCCGGGGGCAGCCACCAUGUGGCCCCUGUUGCUGGCGGCAUCUAAGCGCUGCCACCAUUCAGCCCUGUUUGCGGCAGAGGUCGGGACUGUGCUCACACCAGAGUAGGGU